AUGGAUUUCGCUUAUGACCACAUUCAGGAGGAAGUCCUCACUUCGCAUCAGGAGGGACCGUCCGACUCCAAGGAGGAAACAACCGAUAGCCUGAACUCCGAGUUCCAAGACGCCUUUAGCGCCUUCUCUGCUAGUCCAUGGGGUACUCGGAUCGGAGGACUCUGGGACAAUGUUCGCAAACAGGGCGAAACUUACUACGAAGGAGCUAGGCAAGAAUAUGCUGCGGCCAGCGAGGAAGCAGUGAAGGGGUUCUCAGGCCUCAGGGACACCAUAGUCGAUCGGACAAAGGGGCUUUCACUCAGCACAGCGACGCUUACCGGUGAAAGCGAAAGUCAGAAGGAUGGGGCGCACACUCCCACGACAUCAACAGAAGAUGGAACCAAAGAGCAGGCAGGUCCUAGUGGUGAAGGCUUUGUUUCCAGACUCAAGGCCGAAGCUGCACGCCGACUCAAGGAAAUCGAAAAGGCCGAGGAGGCUGCGGAUGAAGCUAUCCUACGAUUUGGGAUGAGCAUUGGCCAGAAGCUGCGUGAAGCUGUCAGUAUUGUCCCACCGGAGACGGAUGAGUCGGGCAAGCUUCUUUACGAGAGCAAGGACGCUGAUGGCAAGCGGGUCAUUCAUGCGACACGGUUCGAUGCCCAACUGCAUGUUAUUCAUUCGAACCUAGACAGUUUCACCAAAGACCCUGCUAGCGACAAAUUCCCCGAAUUCAAAAAAGACUUCAAUGUGGAGAACAAGACUGAUGAGAUCGCUUCUCACUUGGAGAAAUAUCCCGAGUUGCGGUCUGCCAUGGAGAAAGUCGUUCCAGAGAAUGUAGUAUACGCUGAUUUCUGGACUCGUUAUUAUUUUUUGCGCUUGGUUAUUGAAACCGAGGAACAAAAGCGCAAGGAGCUCUUGAAGGGUGCCAACGCCAACGAUGAUGAAGAGGUUGCAUGGGAUGAUGACUCUGACUCCGAGGCGCCGCCUACUCCUCAGGUCCGUCCUGGUGCUAAAACCCUCGCUCCUGGCAAAGAGGUUGAAAAGACCGAGCCUCGCCGAUCCAACGACCAACAAUCUCAGGCCGAUAGCGAGUCUAGCUAUGAUGUUGUGAGUGGAGCUGCAAGUCGCACGCCCGGUAGUCCCAAAGAGAAAAGCCCGAUUGCAACUUCCAAAGAUGAAGAAAGUGACGAAGAUUGGGAAUAA